CUUGUAUCCUAGACCGGCUCCACAGCCCUCUCCAGCGUGUUUCAGCUCCGCACCCACCCAGAUGGGCAGCCCAUUCAGAACAAUGGGCGUCCCCCAUGUGAGCUUCCAGUCUCUCCAGAAGCCUUUUGAGAAGAAGCCCUCCAAGGGAGACUACAAGAAGUGAGGGAAAAGCGGCCAGGGGAAUUGGACAGCGUGAAGCAGCAGCCUGCAGGACAGCACUAGAGGACAGUACGCAUUCUGGGGAGAGGAGCAGAGUCGGGUUUGCCAACUGGUCUGAGAGAGGAGCAAGGUGGAUGCCAAUCCCAGGCAUCCCCACAGCAGCUCUCACCAUGGUAGCAAGAAAGCAUGCAGGCACCAGGAUGGGUCUGCUGCCACAGAGGUGUGCCAAGAACCUGCUGCCCGUGCUGGCUUUGCUGGAGGCUGUUGGGACCCUAGCCCUGAUGUCCUAUGCUCUGCUGUACGAGGCCGGGAACCUGGUGAACCUCCCUGACAAACUCAUUGGCUUUUACAACUUCUGCCUGUGGAAUGAUGCAGCUGGGGAGCUGCAGUGCCUGGACACCAAGCAGCUGCAGGCAAUGGGAAUCAGUCUACUGCAACUAGGAUUAGCCAGGGUUUGUGUGUAUACCUGCCUGGUCUUCGUCCUCUUCCACAUCCCUUUUGUUUUAAAUGUGAAUUGCACAGGGCAGGGAGAGGGAUGGAAGAUGAUUCGCAUCAUACUCUUCAUCAAGUUGAUAAUCCUGUCUGGAGGCCUGGGUAUGUUUCUUUUACAAACCUCACACUGGAUUCAUCCCUCUGAUUUCACUGGAGGCUUCCUGGCACUGCUUGGGACUCAGGCUCUGCUACUGCUCCAGAUUCUCACUGCCACUGUGUACCUCAGCUGGGCCAAGCACAUCACAUAUGUGUCAAAACCAUUUAACUGA